GAAACACGGUCAUUGUUCUGGGUGUCUCUCACCCUCUGCAUUUUUAUUGCAAAAUUCUGAAAGGGUUAGAGAGAGAAAGAUAAGAGAGGUGCGCGCGCACCUUAAUUAUGACGUGACGUUUUGUGAAAUUUUAAUCACCAAAUGUUCCCAUACAACCGGCUACCCAGCAGUGGACACUCCACGCCGCCGUCGCCGCCGUCCUCGCCGCUCCGGUCGCCACGCCUACGCCAUGCCCGCUCCAAGGCUGGUCGCUUCUCCCCAGCCCAGCCGCCUUCUCGGAACGUCGCGCAGCGCCUCGCCUGGAUCUUUCUCUCCGUCUUGCUCCGCCGCCAGGGCGUGUUCCUCUUCGCGCCUCUCAUCUACAUCUCCGGCAUGCUCCUCUACAUGGGAACAGUAUCCUUCGACGUCGUUCCCAUCAUCAAGCACCGUCCCGCGCCCGGCUCCAUCUACCGGAGCCCCGAGCUCUUCGCCAAGCUCCGACACGAGAUGGACGCCGAUGGUUCUUCCGGCGAUGCGAUAUCAACAAUAUGGAAGAGUCCGUCUAAAGGUGGUGGUUGGAAACCAUGUGUAGACAGAUCUUCUUUAACAGGUCUUCCUGAAUCAAAUGGAUACAUUUAUGUAGAGGCUAAUGGUGGCUUAAAUCAGCAAAGGACAUCGGUAUGCAAUGCUGUUGCUGUGGCAGGCUAUCUCAAUGCUACACUUGUGAUACCAAAUUUCCAUUAUCAUAGCAUAUGGAAAGAUCCUAGCAAAUUCGGUGACAUUUAUGAUGAAGAAUAUUUUGUGAAUACCUUGAAAAAUUAUGUACGGGUGGUUGACAAGAUUCCUGAUUACCUGAUGGAAAGAUUUGGAAGCAACAUGACAAACGUUUACAAUUUUAGGAUCAAGGCAUGGUCAUCCAUUCAGUAUUACAGAGAUGUGGUACUCCCAAAGUUACUUGAAGAAAAGGUUAUAAGGAUUUCACCUUUUGCAAAUAGAUUGUCAUUUGAUGCUCCUCCAGUCGUCCAGCAUCUCAGAUGCUUAGCAAAUUAUGAGGCUUUACGAUUUUCAAGUCCUUUAUUGACCACGGGUGAAUCUUUGGUUGCAAGAAUGAGGAAACUUAGUGCAAUGAAUGGCGGCAAAUAUGUCUCCGUGCAUCUACGUUUUGAAGAGGAUAUGGUUGCUUUCUCUUGUUGUGUUUUUGAUGGUGGAAAACAGGAGAAAGAAGACAUGGUUGCAGCAAGAGAAAGAGGUUGGAAAGGGAAAUUUACAAAACCUGGACGAGUUAUACGUCCUGGAGCAAUCAGACUCAAUGGGAAGUGUCCCCUCACUCCAUUAGAGGUUGGCCUUAUGCUGAGGGGAAUGGGUUUCACAAAGAACACAUCUAUCUAUUUGGCAUCUGGAAAAAUAUAUAAUGCUGAGAAAACAAUGGUCCCGUUACUGGAGAUGUUUCCUAAUUUGCAUACUAAGGAGACUCUAGCUUCUGAACAGGAACUUGCUCCAUUUAAGAAUUAUUCUUCCAGGAUGGCUGCUAUAGACUACACUGUUUGUCUUCAGAGUGAGGUGUUCGUCACAACUCAGGGUGGUAACUUCCCUCAUUUUCUACUGGGCCACAGAAGAUAUUUGUAUGGUGGACACUCUAAGACAAUUAGGCCUGACAAGAGAAAGUUGGCAGUACUCUUUGAUAGUCCCAAUAUUGGAUGGAAAGGUCUCAAGCGUCAAUUGCUGAGCAUGAGGUCUCAUAGUGAUUUCAAGGGAGUUGAGCUCAAAAGACCAAAUGACUCAAUAUAUAGCUUUCCAUGUCCAGAUUGUAUGUGCCAUGCAAAUAGAACUGAUGAUUCAAGAUCUUCAGCAACUUGAUCUACUGACAGAAUUUUAUGGGUGUUUCUGUUUCCUAUGAUUUUAUGAGCAUACCUUGCUGCUGACUGCCUUUUACCGGUAUUGUGAUUAUUUCAUUUUUUCCCCUUUCCAUCUGGUGAGAGGGCAUUAAACCCAAUUCUCGGAGGUUAACAAGCUUUUGUUGGAGGUCUCAUAGAUCUGAUUAUUUCCUGUGAUUGGAUUUCAAGGGAGUGGCAUCUUUUUUGCACAUGAUGCCAGUUGAGGAGAGUCAAAAUUGGUCAAUUGCAGGACUCUCCCAGAACAUUGACUCAGCUUUGUUUAAUAUUGAAUUAGCUGCUGCUUUGUCUAACAAGCUAUGAAAAGACGACCUCACAUUUCUUCACACCCUGCUUGUACAUUACCUGGAGAAUGAUCUCCGGGUGUUAAGGCUGUAGCAUCUGAUUGUUCUGUGUACAUUAACAAAAUUCAGCUUAUGUUGAAGUUUUGUAUUUUCUUUGUUCCUGUUAUAAAUUUUCUUUUUGUUUGCCCUCAUAUUGAGGGCCCCAUUGUUAAUUUGUAUGUCUGUAUCUGAGUACAUUUGUUAUUCUUUUACAUUGGUACCCCAUUGUUUUAGUGAUGAUACCAGUGAAUGUAAUUAGUUGACCACUAGUGACUUGCAAUUGCAAA